GAAAGCAAUUUGCCUCAGAUCAUGCAUGUGGAAUGCCAGAGAACCUGGUCUCCUGCCUCCUAGGGCAGGAUCUUUGUACUGCACCUAAGAGUCAGAUCCGGGAAAUUAUACGGAGGGACAAAACGGGAUGUGUGUGUGUGUGUGUGUGUGAGAAGGACUAUGAGGCAAGAGUCAUUGUCCCUGCCCCCUAAACCCCUUCUCCAUUCACUUUGCCUUUGGGCAAUUUCCGCCAGAACCUGGGUGGAGAAGGUGGGGUUCCGGUGUUGAAAUGGCAUCCUGGACAGACAUAAACACCCCGCCCUCUGACCACUGGCCAAGGGCCUGUGCCAACUCUCAGCUCUAGGGAUGGCCAUGCAACAAGGAGUGGGCAGGCAGGGACUUGGGGUGAUCCUCCUUCGAAAGGACAAUUUGCAGCUCUCGUGAAUUUUGUGGUUGCUGGGACCAUCUGGGCUCUCGGGACCUCGGACCAGGCCCUGGCCCAGUAGGAUGUCCCCGUGUCCUCCACAGCAGAGCAGGAACAGGGUAACACAGCUGCCCAUUCCGGAGCCAGGUGAGAUGGAACUGACUUGGCAGGAGAUCAUGUCCAUCACUGAGCUGCAGGGUCUGAAUGCUCCAAGUGAGCCAUCGUUCGAGCCCCCAGCCCCUGUCCCAUACCCAGGGCCCCCACCGCCUCCAAGUUACUGCCCCUGCUCUAUCCACUCGGAGCCUGGCUUUCCCCUUCCUGCACCACCUUAUGAGCUCCCGGCACCCACGUCUCAUGUCCCAGACCCUCCGUACUCCUAUGGCAGCAACAUGACUGUACCAGUCUCCAAGCCACUGACCCUCUCGGGCCUGCUCAGUGACCCCCUCCCAGACCCUUUGGCCCUCCUGGACAUUGGGUUGUCAGCGGGGCCAUCCAAGCCCCAAGAAGACCCAGAAUCUGACUCAGGAUUAUCCCUCAACUAUAGCGACGCUGAGUCUCUUGAGUUGGAGGGGACGGAGGCUGGCCGGCGUCGCAGCGAGUAUGUAGAGAUGUACCCAGUGGAGUACCCCUACUCACUAAUGCCCAACUCCUUGACCCACCCCAACUAUGCCUUGCCACCUGCCGACAACCCCUUAGCCUUAGAACCCUCCUCGGGCCCUGUGCGGGCCAAGCCCACUGCACGGGGGGAGGCGGGGAGUCGGGAUGAGCGGCGGGCCCUGGCCAUGAAGAUCCCCUUCCCUACGGACAAGAUUGUCAACCUGCCAGUAGACGACUUCAACGAGCUGCUGGCGCGGUACCCGCUGACAGAGAGCCAGCUGGCCCUGGUCCGGGACAUCCGAAGGCGGGGCAAGAACAAGGUGGCCGCCCAGAACUGUCGCAAGAGAAAGCUGGAGACCAUCGUGCAGCUGGAGCGGGAACUGGAGCGGCUGGGCAGCGAGCGGGAGCGGCUUCUCCGGGCCAGAGGGGAGGCCGACCGGACCCUAGAGGUCAUGCGCCAACAGCUGACGGACCUGUACCGUGACAUUUUCCAGCACUUACGGGAUGAAGCAGGCAACAGCUACUCCCCUGAAGAGUAUGCGCUACACCAGGCUGCUGAUGGGGCCAUCUUUCUGGUGCCCCGGGGGACCAAGAUGGAGGCCACAGACUGAGCUGGCCCGAGGGGAUGGGACUGGUGCUGGGGGUUUCCUUCAUUCUCUUCUGAUAAAGGUCCUCCCCAUCCAUGAGGCCCAGUGGGAGCUGAGUUCUGUAGACCAGGAGGGGACCACAGCUGGAAACCUGGCAUUUGGAAGGUCCGAGGCGUGUUCAGUGAGGCUUGCCUGGAGGCAAGGAUGUGAGGGGAGGGCUGGAAUCUCUCUUCAGUGGUUCAGUUUUCUAGGUUUUCAGUCUUGAUCGAGCUUUGGUAUAUAAAGCACUCUACGGAAA